AUGACUUCCACUCCAAGACAUCAUCAAAGUAUUGGUGACUCCAAUGGACACAACACUGAGGACCAGACGGGCGAUGAAGACAGGGAUGAGUUUGACGACGAAGAGGGAGGAAGACGUUUGGGUGACAUAUAUAUACCUCCGGCGCCGGCAAAGCCCUCCUAUAGUGGCGAAGAGACGGGCACUCGACUCGUCAUAACACACAUCGAAAACAUAAACUUCAAGUCCUAUGCAAACCGUCAACUGUUGGGACCCUUUCAUAAGUCGUUCACAUCGAUAGUGGGUCCGAACGGGAGCGGGAAGUCCAAUGUGAUUGACUCCAUGCUCUUCGUGUUUGGAUACAGGGCUCAGAAGUUGCGGUCCAAGAAGUUGAGUGUUUUGAUCCAUAGCAGCGACUCAUACCCCGCCCUAACCUUCUGCAAAGUGAUCGUUCACUUCGCGCUCAUCAACGAUAAG